AAAGAUUUCAGUCCUCGGGGAAAGAGGGCUUAGUUUUGCAUGUUCCCAUCCAUCCUGCACGACGCGAAAGGGCCCCUUAUCCACCUCUCCUGUGUACUAGGAACACCUCCACUGGUGAUCAGCCUUUGCCUGUGUUUGUCUUGUGGAGAAGCAGCAGCACCUUUUUCAGGAGUGGGUUUUUUAUUCAACAAGAAGUCCUGAAGGUUUUGGAUGCGGUGCUUCAGGGAUGUGGGCACUUUGAGAGCAGCAUCACCCACAAACACAAACAACUGCCAUCGAUUUUUCUGUGAAUAGCACAAAAAAAGAGAGAGAAAAACAAAGAGGAACAAUAGCAACACAAAAAAAAUCUUGUCUAUUGAACAAUUCACUUUUCCAGUCUGUGGAUACCGCUCUAACUAAGUACAGCACUUUGAGAAUUGUUCACAUCGGACGGACUGAAGAGGGAGGCAAGACCUGUGGACCGGGUUUUCCCUCGCAAGUCUGAAUCGGCUCUCGCUACUUAUCCCGUGAAAAAAAACCAACCCUAAAGGAUAACACGCUUGGACGUUUAUUUCCCUAAUUUCGCAGGAGGCUCUUUUUUCACGCAAAUUGUCCUAAAUGUUUGGAAUUCAGGAAACUAUACCGCGGGGUGGGACGACGAUGAAGGAGGAACCGCUCGGUGGACUGAACUCGGUCCGCUCCUGGAUGCACACAGCUGGGGUGGUGGAUGCAAACACAGCCGCCCAAAGCGGUGUCGGCUUGGCACGGGCACAUUAUGAAAAGCAGCCCCCUUCCAACCUCAGAAAAUCCAAUUUUUUCCAUUUCGUCCUGGCGCUGUAUGACAGACAGGGUCAGCCCGUGGAGAUCGAAAGGACAGCUUUUGUGGACUUUGUGGAGAAAGAAAAAGAACCAACCAGUGAAAAAACUAACAAUGGGAUACAUUACAAACUACAGUUAUUGUACAGCAAUGGCGUCAGAACAGAACAGGAUCUUUACAUACGGUUAAUCGAUUCCAUGACGAAGCAGGCCAUAGUUUAUGAGGGCCAAGACAAGAAUCCAGAAAUGUGCAGAGUUCUUCUUACCCAUGAAAUUAUGUGCAGCCGAUGCUGUGACAAGAAAAGCUGUGGAAACAGGAACGAGACUCCAUCAGACCCUGUGAUCAUUGACAGAUUCUUCCUAAAGUUCUUCCUCAAGUGCAAUCAGAACUGUCUGAAGAAUGCAGGGAAUCCACGAGACAUGCGCAGAUUCCAGGUUGUCGUAUCGACGACCGUCAAUGUGGACGGCCAUGUCUUGGCUGUCUCCGACAACAUGUUCGUACACAACAAUUCCAAGCAUGGGCGAAGGGCUCGCAGACUCGACCCUUCAGAAGGUACGCCUCCUUAUCUGGAGAAUGCAGCCACCCCGUGCAUCAAGGCUAUCAGCCCAAGUGAGGGAUGGACCACUGGAGGAGCCACUGUCAUCAUCAUAGGGGACAACUUCUUUGAUGGCCUACAAGUCGUGUUCGGCACCAUGCUCGUAUGGAGCGAGCUGAUAACUCCCCACGCCAUCCGCGUCCAGACUCCACCUCGACACAUCCCCGGUGUUGUGGAAGUCACGCUGUCCUACAAGUCCAAGCAGUUCUGCAAAGGUGCCCCUGGGAGAUUUGUCUAUACUGCCCUGAAUGAGCCAACCAUCGACUAUGGUUUCCAGAGGCUGCAGAAGGUCAUCCCCAGACACCCCGGUGAUCCUGAGAGGUUACCAAAGGAGGUGCUACUGAAGAGGGCGGCCGAUCUCGUCGAAGCCCUGUAUGGAAUGCCCCACAACAAUCAGGAGAUCAUUCUGAAGAGGGCAGCUGACAUCGCCGAGGCCCUGUACAGCGUUCCCCGCAACCACAACCAGAUCCCCUCUCUCGCUAACACAGCCUCCCACGGCAUGAUGGGAGUCAACUCCUUCAGCAGCCAGCUAGCAGUCAAUGUGUCUGAGUCACAAGGGAAUGACCAAGUGGGCUACAGCCGGAACACCAGCAGCGUGUCCCCCCGGGGCUACAUCUCCAGCAGCACCCCGCAGCAGUCGAGCUACAACACCGUCAGCAACAGCAUGAAUGGCUACGGCAAUGCCGGUAUGAACCUGGGAGUGCCAAGCUCCCCUGGGUUCCUCAACGGAUCCUCUGCCAACUCCCCAUAUGGAAUUAAACAAAAGAGCGCCUUCGCCCCUGUGGUCCGACCCCAGGCCUCCCCACCCCCCUCCUGCACCAGCGCCAACGGCAACGGACUGCAAGGUGAGCCCCCCUCACCCCCUCAUCCCUUCCCUACGGACUACUGGUCAGAUACCGCUGCUCAGGCCUCUGUCCGGUUUGCCAUGUCCGGCCUGGUUGUCCCUCCAAUGUAAAUGCACUUUCAUCAUCUCAAGCACCAGUCUACACACUACCACUUCACAGGAGCACACAGCAACAAAAAAAACGCUGGUGUAAUGUAUAGUCAACCGCUUGUUCUGUUUUUAAAGAUGAAGAGAAAAAAAAAGAAACGAUUUUUUUCUUUUAAAUGACUUUUGCAAACCUGCAGAAAAAAAGGAUUUCAUGAGGAACAAUAUUUUUUUUUUUUUUCUGUGGGAUUUUUUUUUUUGUUUGUUUGUUUAUCCCCCCUCCCCUUACCCCCUUUUCCCUCUCCGCAUUUUAUCACCCUUGAAGAGGACACGGGAUGAUGAAGGGUUUAUUUUGUAUACCUGUCGGGUUGUGCUUCGGCCUUGGAUAUGUCCAGUCAACCACACAUUCAAUACUGGAAGGGACUCUGUGGACUCACCAUCUGGUUGUAAAGUAAAAACACUGAUGUACAGUACAUUUGCCAAUGAACUUCAGAAUUUCUUUUUGUUUUUCUGUUUCAACUCUCUUUUAAUAGAUUCACAACAGUUGUGUGUCUUUAUAAUGUGACUUUUUGUAUUUUUAUGUGUGAGAAAAAUACACAGGGGCCAAGACAGUUUGAAUUUCAACUGGAAAAUAUAUGAGAUAUAUAAUGUAGAAAAAUUGAUCAUAAAAGUACAACAAAUACGAGUAAAAAGGGGCGGGGCUGGGUGGGUAAGGUUGUAUCAUGUUUCAUUCCUGCAUUUUAACUUAAAUUUUGUAAUUUAUUGUAGCUAGAAAUCAUCUUCAAAAGUAAAAAAAAAAAAUCCUCUUUGAUUCAACAAGCACACUGACGUGUACAAAACACUGCUCUGUUGAUGAAUAUGAUGUACUUCCAUGUCUAGAGCUUCCUUUUAAGCAAGUGUGUUUUGCCAUGUUUUUCAACUUUUUUGCUAGCACUGUAUAUUAAUGCAUUCCUAGGCUACUGUGAAGUCUGUUUCUUGUUGAUGAGGAGCAGUCUCCCCCUUCUAGCUCCAACUCCCUUAUGUGUUUUAUAUGUGGUUAAAAAUUGUAGACUAUUGUGAUAUUGCCAAACUUGUGCUAAAUAUUUAUACAUCUGUCUUUUUCAUGUUCUUUUAGAUCGACAAAAAACAUUUAAAAAACAAAAUUAAAACCCAUUGAGAAUGUAGGAGUAUAGUAGUUCAUCGUCAUAUUUCUGUUCCAACACACACUUGCGCUCACUGAGGGAAAUUUUGUAACAUAUCAACUAUAAAUAAUGUAUUUAUCUCUGAAAUUUUGUAUAUUGCUUUUCAUUAUGUAUGUAUUAAUCGUCAUGCCCUUAAUAUAGUGAUGCAGCACAGAUAAUUCAGCCAAGAACUGUUGCCUUCAUUUGUUUUCUUUUUGUAUUUGAUGAAAUGCAAUGUGCAUAUAUUUCAUGUGUAUCCUCAAAAAAUUUGUGUUACUCCGUCAAGACUCUCUGUCCAUUUUUUAAAGGGGAAGUCAAACUUCAUUGUUUAUUUUUAUAUUGAUUUUAAAUUAUCUAUACAGACCAUUUUGGAGAAAACUUUGUUGGUUGUAUUGUCAAAUAAAUUGUUUGUGACCCAUAUGAUAGUUGUUAAGAUCCAAUAGAGACUAAUGUGCAUGAGGGACAACCUUGGAGAUAAAAAAAACACUCCAUUUGUGGUUGUAUUUUUUUCUGUUUUGUAGAAUGUAUAGAAGUCAUUUUUACUCACCACUUAUGACUCUGCCACAUAGCUUACAUGUGUUUACAGGGAAGAAAAAUUUAAAAAUGUCAACAUUUGGAAUGGAAACAGAAAUGAAUAAGUGAUGUUUUAUUAAAAUUUUCAGUAAAAACACACUAGCUCCUCAACUGUGGACUUCUUCAGUUUUAAGUACAGUUUGGCUGGCAGACAAACUGACAAUCAGGACAAAGGAGAAAAAAAAGAAAAGAAAAAAGAGACAGUAGAAACUUCUGAGGACAAAACCUGUGAUUCGUCUGUAAGUUGUAGUGUUUAGACUUUGCCAUAGAGAUAACUGUUUGAAACCUGUGGAAAAGUGUAACAUACAUAAAAGAUGAAAACUGCUCUUUAGUCAUAUUCUUUCAGCAAAGCACUCUGACAUUGUGACAUAUUCCUUACUGGUCUUUGUAUCAGCAUAUCCUGCAUCUGUGGUGCUUCAAAGGUUCAUUGUAGUCAUUCAUAAACAGUGCAAGCUUUUUAUUCAAAGCACCCCAAAUGGGGCUCAUUCAAAUCCCUCAUUUCAUUGCAUUAAGCCACCUAGUUAAUAAAGAAUCAAUACAUUGAAAGAGCAAGGUUAUCCUUUGUCUAUAAGGGCUGGUAUCGUUUUGAACCUCUUAUAGUUUGAGCGCUGAAAGGGGGGCCACUGUGAAAUCUAUACUCAUCAAGUGGGUCAAACAGAAGGAUAGAAGUGUUUGAGGGAAGAAUAGUGGUUCUCCUUAAAAACAACUGAGCAUCUUAUCUGGCAUCCUGAGUGGUCGCUGAGAGCAGGUCACAAAAUGUCAAUUUCUCAUCA